GAGAGAGAGAAUAGCGCAGGCAGUGGAAAAGCGGCACAGUGACACAACAAGGGUGAAAGUGGAGAGACAAUUUUCCGUAAAAGGCGUUACGUAGCCCAGCGAGGUUUUCAUGUUUAUUCCGCUAGAGAAAGAAGGGGCGGCCCCUGAUCUAGAAACAACCAACUCUGUCCCUUGUCCUCUCAUAUGGGUCUAACGGAGGAAAUAGCCUACUAGAAUAGAACAGAGCUUUAGACUACUACAUUGUGAUAGCCUACAGUCCUGUCUGGAGCGAAGCUUUAGCACAAACUAAUAGAGUGAACACUACAAUAGAUCAGAGGAACAGCUCGAGCGCCAAGAUGCCCCUGGCACAGUUGCCAGAUCCCUGGCAGAAGAUGACACUGGGGCGGGCGACGAGCGAGGAUGCCCAUCGUCAUGUUCUGGAGGACUCUAUUGGAGAGGAUGAUUCUAUGUCCUGUAACGAGGACGAGAGUGUCAAUGAAAUCAACAUCACCAACCAUACCAAGGAGGGGUCAGAGAAGGGUGACCCUCGACAGUUCGAGCUCCGCAAGGUCCUAGGACAAGGCUCCUUCGGAAAGGUGUUCCUGGUCAAGAAGGCUACAGGUCCAGAUGCAGGACAGCUCUAUGCCAUGAAGGUUCUGAAGAAAGCCACACUGAAAGUGCGUGACAGGGUGAGGACUAAGAUGGAGAGAGACAUUCUGGUGGAGGUCAACCAUCCCUUCAUCGUUAAACUGCACUAUGCAUUCCAAACAGAAGGGAAACUCUACCUCAUCCUGGACUUCCUACGAGGAGGAGACCUCUUCACACGACUGUCUAAAGAGGUGAUGUUCACAGAGGAGGAUGUGAAGUUCUACCUGGCAGAGUUGGCCCUGGCGCUGGACCACCUUCACAGCCUGGGCAUCAUCUACAGAGACCUCAAACCAGAGAACAUUCUGCUUGACGAGGAGGGACACAUUAAGCUGACGGACUUCGGCCUCAGUAAGGAGUCUAUAGACCAUGAGAACAAGGCCUAUUCGUUCUGUGGGACAGUGGAGUACAUGGCUCCGGAGGUGGUCAACAGGAGAGGUCACACCACCAGCGCUGAUUGGUGGUCCUACGGCGUGCUCAUGUUUGAGAUGCUGACCGGAACACUACCAUUCCAGGGGAAAGACCGCAAGGAGACCAUGACCAUGAUCCUCAAGGCUAAGUUGGGGAUGCCACAGUUUUUGAGUUCCGAAGCCCAGAGUCUCCUGAGGAACCUUUUCAAACGCAACCCUACUAACAGGCUAGGGGCCGGCCCAGACGGAGUGGAGGAGAUUAAAAGACAUCACUUCUACUGCACCAUAGACUGGAACAAACUGUUCCGUAGAGAGCUCCACCCUCCCUUCAAACCUGCUACGGGACGACCUGACGACACCUUCUAUUUCGACCCAGAGUUCACCGCUAAAACACCCAAAGAUUCCCCGGGGGUUCCGCCCAGUGCCAACGCCCACCAGCUGUUCCGAGGAUUCAGCUUUGUAGCCAUUACAUCAGAGGAAGAGACACAACCACUACAGACUACUGUAGUACAGCAGCUACACAGGAAUAUGUCCCAGCUGUCAGAAGCAUAUGAAGUCAAGGAGGAAAUAGGACUGGGAUCAUACUCUGUCUGCAAACGCUGUAUACACAAGGCCACUGGCAUGGAGUACGCGGUUAAGAUCAUCAGUAAGGCCAACAGAGACCCAACAGAGGAGGUGGAGAUCCUAAUGAGAUACGGACAACAUCCCAACCUCAUCACACUAAAGGAUGUGUUUGAUGACGGUAGGACAGUGUAUCUGGUCACAGAGCUGAUGAAGGGAGGAGAGCUGCUGGAUAAGAUACUGAGACAGAAGUUCUUCUCAGAGAGAGAAGCUAGUGCUGUCCUAUACACCAUCACCAAGACUGUUGAGUACCUACACAUACAGGGGGUGGUGCACAGGGACCUGAAGCCCAGUAAUAUCCUGUAUGUGGAUGAGAGUGGGAACGCUGAGUCCAUCAGGAUCUGUGACUUUGGUUUUGCCAAGCAGCUGAGAGCUGAGAACGGCCUGCUGAUGACGCCGUGCUACACAGCUAACUUUGUAGCUCCAGAGGUGUUGAAGAAGCAGGGUUAUGAUGCUGCCUGUGACAUUUGGAGUCUAGGAGUCCUACUCUACACUAUGCUCACAGGGUUCACUCCGUUUGCCAACGGUCCAGAGGACACACCAGAGGAGAUCCUGGCUCGGAUCGGCAGCGGGAAGUUCUCUCUGACCGGAGGAUACUGGAACUCUGUUUCAGCAGAGGCCAAGGAGCUGGUGUCUAAGAUGUUACACGUGGACCCCCACCAGCGUUUGACAGCCGGCCAGGUGUUGUGUCAUCCCUGGGUCACACACCGAGACCACCUGCCCAAGUUCACACUGACCAGACAGGACGCUCCACACCUGGUCAAGAGCGCCAUGGCAGCCACCUACUCUGCCCUCAACAGGAACGUUCCACCUGUCCUGGACCCCGUGGGAUGUUCCACUCUAGCCCAACGGAGGGGGGUGAAGAAACUCACCUCCACUGCCCUCUGACCGUUGACAUUUCACCUCAGACUUAUAACCCUGCUGGAGCUCUGCUCAGACAGACAGACCUGGUUGCUCAGAUGACCUGGACAGAACUCUGAUGCACCUGGGACCCCCCUGACCCUGCUCAGUUAUUAACUAACCCAGUGGUCUUCACCCCUGGUGCUGGAGACCAGGGCUGGAACUACAGCCUAUAGCUCUGUUGGACCAGGGUUGGAACUACAGCCUAUAACUCUGUUGGACCAGGGCUGGAACUACAGCCUAUAACUCUGUUGGACCAGGGCUGGAACUACAGCCUAUAGCUCUGUUGGACCAGGGCUGGAACUACAGCCUAUAGCUCUGUUGGACCAGGGCUGAUGGUGACCACAUUGUAGCGUCUCUCCAGUCUUUGCUUUGGACAAUUCGUGUUGCCUCUAGACUCAAGAGACAAUUGUCAGGAACAUGAAUGUGCUGUAUUUAGAUGUCUGUACUUCUGGGAACAUUUGAGAUACCUGCAUUAUGCAUUUAAGACCCAUAUUAAAAUGAUGAUGAACUGUAUAAUGUAGCUCUGUGUAUAAACCUAAGUAGCCUCAAAGACAGUACAAUAUGAAGAUAGGCUAAAACGGCUUCUCCAAUAGAAAUCCCAGACCACACUUUUCGGCAAGGUUCUGGCGAUGUUGGCUAGCUAAGCUCAUGCGUAGAAACAUGUCAUCGGGUCUAACGGUCGUCUCCUGUCAAAUCAAAGGCACUCCUUCCAUAUCAUUUUUUGGGAAAAUGUGUCCGUUAGUCAAUUUCACGAGGUUGGAGUAUUAACACGCUCAACUACUUAAGAAAUUGGAUCAAUUCUAUGUUGUGGAUUUAGAUUUUGAGAAAAUGAACAACUGAGGAAGAAUGUUUUACUUUUCUCAUUGACUUCACAACCCCCAAACCCUGGUCAGAUUGGUCUGUUUCACAAGCGUUCACAGAUGUCUAACGAUGUUGCAUCUCUGGGUUUAGAAAAUCUGUGGUAACCUCUUCUGUGACUGAGUCAUCAGACAGGGACAAAACUAGUGAUGUCAUCAGAGUGAGAGCAGGUAGAGCUCCACUGACCCCGCCCCCUAUGUAGAGACAAGCUCCUCCCAGUCAGCCACAACAUCCAGAGUGAGGCCAGUCUGGACUGAGGUCCAAUCAUGGCUUUGGUGGGCCAGUCUGGGUACAGCCUGCCCUGUCCACGCCACACCUCAACAUUUACAGACACCAAGGGAAACCUGAUCCUCGACCAGUGUUAAGCAGUGGUUAUCUGGACAGCGAGUCUGUGUAUAUGUUGAUGCCUUCAAAUGCUCCUCAGGACUCCUCUGAACCUUGUGUUUCCCAGUUCUUAGGUACAUUUGAAAGCAGCAUGCUUGGAUGACGCCAUGAGGAGUCUGUGUCCGACACUGACCUGACACUACUGUUCCAGUACAGCAGCUCAGGUUUCUAGAUGAAAUACCAUGCAUUUUAUAAGUCCAUUAACUGUGUCAUGUAAGCACACAGGUGGGGUGGGACAGGUCCAUGGAUGUAGAAAUGUGUGGAUAGAAGGGACAUGAUAUUUUAUGCUGAAUUGAACCCUUUCAACCUGCCAUCUGGAAUGGCAUGACACAGUUGUGGAGGUAAUCCAGUAUGUUACUGUCUGGGCCAGCUGGCACCUGCUGACUUCUGGCCCAUCCCUUUAAAGCACUGUCUGUCUAAUUGAAUGAAAAAAUAUGUAGCUACAGUAUCAAUGACUUGUAGCAGUAGUAUUGAAUUAAUGAGCUGAUCCUGGAUCGGUGGACAACUCCUACCUAUUCGAUCGCUCUCCCUCAGCUCUUCUGUAUGUGUUGUAACAGUCUUUCAGGUUCUGCUUGACUGGUAGCAGAGCUGUAAGCUUGUGUGUUUGAGAUGUCUAUAUGUUUUUUUCCCCUUCCAGUUUGAGAGUAGAUGAGAUGUAUUUUUUCUCUCCUUCCUCUGUCCCUAUCCAGUGGAGAUAGUGUCCCUUCCUCCACCCCUGCUGCUGUCUCCUCUCUCUGGUUUUGUAUCUCAGUGGAGUCACAGUAGGACUUUGUAUUGAACAUAAUAAAAAUACCUUCAGUAUACAA